AUCUCACUCCAGUUUUCAUCCCUCUCACAGCCGUCCACCUUUGUUAGCCGUUAAUCAAACCCCAGAAGAGAAAAAACGGUUGAUUCCCGCCAAAUGCUCCCAACCCCUCUCUUGUCUCUGACCUGGAAAAAAAAAAACCCCCCACUUUGCACCAACGACUCUUUCAAACCCAUUUCAAAACACAAUCUUCCCAACAAUGCCCCACCAUCAAUCCUCCCUGUAUAUUCUUCAUUAGUCCAACCUAUUCUCUUUCUUCUUUCCACCUUCCCUUUUUCAUGUUUGUGCCUUCUUUUUGUUCCUGUAUACAUGUAUCUCCUUCUCCUAACAACUCUUUCUUCAAACCCCAUAACCUCAAUUUCCUACCUCUGACCUCUCCUUCCCUCAAUCUUUCCCUUCUACCAUGGGGAAUUGUUUCUCCCAUGGCAAUAAACAAGCCCCAAAAGCCCAAAAAGAUGAAUUGAACCCCAAUAGCGAACCUCCCAAGGAUGAAAAUAGAGCUCCUGAAAAUGUCACCGCACCCAAGCUUUCGAGCGUCGCACCCACCCCUGAACCGCCCGCCAAGCAUUCGAAGUCUGCUCCCAUUGGACAUGUCUUGGGACGGCCAAUGGAAGAUGUCCGGGCAACCUACAAUAUAGGGAAAGAGCUUGGUCGGGGACAAUUUGGAAUCACCCAUCUAUGUACCCAUAAGGGUACAGGCGAGCAAUUCGCUUGCAAGACAAUUGCGAAGCGUAAACUUGUCAAUAAGGAGGAUAUUGAAGAUGUUAGGAGAGAGGUUCAAAUCAUGUACCAUUUAACAGGUCAACCCAACAUAGUUGAAUUGAAAGGGGCUUAUGAGGAUAAAAAUUCAGUACAUUUAGUGAUGGAAUUGUGUGCCGGAGGAGAGCUUUUCGAUCGGAUUAUUGCCAAGGGGCAUUACACAGAGCGCGCGGCAGCUUCAUUGUUGAGAACAAUUGUACAGAUCGUUCAUGAUUGUCAUUCAAUGGGAGUCGUACAUAGGGAUCUCAAGCCAGAAAAUUUCCUUCUAUUGAACAAGGAUGAGGAUUCCCCUCUCAAGGCUACAGAUUUUGGUCUCUCUGUGUUCUUCAAAGAAGGCGAAGUGUUCAAAGACAUCGUUGGCAGCGCAUAUUACAUUGCACCUGAAGUCUUGAAGAGAAAAUAUGGACCAGAAGUGGAUAUAUGGAGUAUUGGAGUCAUGUUGUAUAUACUUCUCUGUGGAGUUCCUCCAUUUUGGGCUGAGUCGGAGCAUGGAAUUUUCAAUGCAAUCUUGCGUGGUCAUAUUGACUUCACAAGCGAUCCAUGGCCUUCAAUUUCAUCUGGAGCAAAGGAUCUUGUCAGGAUGAUGCUACAUGUAGACCCCAAGCAAAGGUUGACACCAUUCCAAGUUCUUGCUCACCCAUGGAUCAAAAAAGACGGAGACGCUCCUGAUACACCACUUGAUAAUGCUGUCCUGAGCAGGCUCAAACAGUUUAGAGCAAUGAAUAAGUUCAAGAAAGUUGCUCUGCGGGUUAUAUCAGGUUGUCUAUCAGAGGAAGAAAUCAUGGGACUCAAGGCGAUGUUCAAGAACAUGGACACUGACAAUAGUGGAACUAUAACACUUGAAGAGCUGAAACAAGGACUUGCCAAGCAAGGAACCAAGUUAUCUGAGUAUGAAGUUAAACAACUAAUGGAAGCUGCCGACGCAGAUGGCAAUGGGACCAUAGACUACGAUGAGUUCAUUACAGCAACAAUGCAUCUAAAUAGAAUGGAUAGAGAAGAGCAUCUUUAUACUGCAUUCCAGUACUUUGAUAAAGAUAACAGUGGGUAUAUUACCACAGAAGAACUGGAGCAAGCUCUCCGUGAGUUUGGCAUGCAUGAUGGCAGAGACAUAAAGGAAAUCCUUUCUGAAGUUGAUUCUGACAAUGAUGGUCGGAUCAACUAUGAUGAGUUCGUUGCAAUGAUGAGAAAAGGGAACCCUGAAGUGAACCCAAAGAAGCGACGCGAUGUAUUUGUUUAAUUGGAGUGGCAUUGAUCUAUA